GGGUGGAGCCCGCCGCACCUCCCGGACUCCGUGCCGCCAGUCCCCGCCGCUUCCAAGGAACCGAGAGCAGCGCGGGGGCUCCGUGCCUGCCGUCCUGGGGAACUGCUGCGGCAAUAUCGCAAUUUAAAAUAAGAGACGAGAGAAAAAAAAAAAAAAAGAAAAAAAAAAGAUGAAGACGCUUAAAUGCCUCCUGCCAAAAGUAAAGAGCAAAUCUCAGUUGCAAUGGCUCUGCUAAAACUUGAUCAUGCGGGAUUUCAAGCGAUAAAGAGCUGCCGGGCUGCUAUUUACUGCGGUGGGAACAGGUUGCAGGAUGAAAUCCAGGCGUUAAGGGACCUAUUUUCCACUUCAUUGUUUGCAAAGGAAUCUACUGAAAUGACUUUGAGGAUCUUUAAACUGGAACUAUGUGGAGGGAGAAUGCAGGGAUAAAGCUGGCAAAGAUGAGGAAAAUUGGCUGUGCUCUCCUGGUACUCCAAGCUCUUCUGGCACCUUUGGAUCUUGUUCGUGGAGCAGAGAAAAAUUAUCCCAUCCUGAACAUUGCAGUGAUUCUGGGAAGGACCAAGUAUAUAACAGAGAGAGAUAUCAGAGCUCUCUGGACCAGGGAAAUGGCAGCAGACCUGACUGUUGAUAUCAAUGUAGUGACUCUUCUUGUGAACCAGACUGACCCUAAGAGCAUCAUAACACAUGUUUGUGACUUGAUGUCAGGCACCAAGAUCCAUGGAGUGGUUUUUGGAGAUGACACUGAUCAGGAGGCAGUAGCUCAGAUUUUGGAUUUUAUUUCAUCUCAGACUUCUAUUCCAAUUCUUGGAAUUCAUGGCGGGGCCUCCAUGAUAAUGGCAGAUAAGGAUGUCAUGUCCACGUUCUUCCAGUUUGGGGCUUCCAUCCAGCAAGAAGCCAUUAUCAUGCUGAAGAUCAUGCAGGAUUAUGACUGGCACGUGUUCUCUCUGGUGACCACCACCUUCCCUGGAUAUCGAGAUUUCAUCAAUGUCAUUAAGACCACUGUGGAAAACAGUUUUGUGGGCUGGGACAUGCAGAACGUCAUCAUACUCGAUACUGCCUUCGGAGAUGCCAAGACCCAAAUUCAGCUGAAGAAAAUCCAUUCAUCUGUCAUCCUGCUGUAUUGUUCCAAGGAUGAAGCUGUCUACAUCCUGGAUGAGGCUCGCUCCCUGGGCCUUACUGGCUAUGAUUUCUUUUGGAUAGUUCCCAGCCUGGUUAGUGGUAACACAGAAAUCACUCCCAAGGAGUUUCCUUCAGGACUCAUUUCAGCAGCUUAUGAUGAGUGGGACUACAGUUUAGAAGCUCGGGUACGGGAUGGCCUUGGGGUCAUUGCCACUGCUGCAUCAGCCAUGCUGGAAAAGUACUCCUUCAUUCCUGAAGCAAGAACGAGCUGCUAUGGACAACUGGAGAAAAAUGACCGGCCCUCUCAAACCUUGCACAAGUUUAUGAUGAAUGUGACGUGGGAAGGCAGAGAUUUGUCCUUCACAGCAGAUGGUUACCAGGCCCACCCCAGGCUGGUGGUGAUAGUGCUGAACAACGAGCGGGAGUGGGAGAAGGUGGGGAAGUGGGAGAACAACUCCCUGAGCCUCAAGUACUCAGUGUGGCCGAGGUACAGCUCCUUUGCAGACAGCGACCCCGACGACAACCACCUGAGCAUUGUCACCCUGGAGGAGGCUCCCUUUGUCAUCGUUGAGGAUGUGGAUCCUCUCAUGGAAAGCUGCCAAAAAAACACCGUGCCAUGCCGGAAAUUUGUCAAACUUAACAACAAAACUAACGAGGGAACUAAUGUAAAGAAGUGCUGCAAAGGAUUCUGCAUCGAUAUCUUGAAGAAGUUGUCUAAAACUGUCAAGUUCACAUAUGACCUGUACUUGGUGACGAAUGGGAAGCAUGGCAAAAAAGUCAAUAACGUGUGGAACGGAAUGAUCGGUGAAGUGGUGUACCACCGGGCAGUGAUGGCUGUGGGCUCCCUCACCAUCAACGAGGAGCGCUCGGAAGUCGUCGACUUUUCGGUGCCGUUCGUGGAGACUGGGAUCAGUGUCAUGGUGUCACGGAGCAACGGCACGGUUUCACCAUCUGCUUUUCUAGAGCCUUUUAGUGCUUCUGUCUGGGUGAUGAUGUUUGUGAUGCUUCUCAUCGUGUCUGCCAUGGCUGUCUUUAUAUUUGAGUACUUUAGUCCUGUAGGGUACAACAGGAACCUAGCACAAGGGAGAGAUCCCCAUGGACCAUCCUUUACCAUUGGAAAGGCAGUGUGGUUACUGUGGGGCUUGGUCUUCAACAACUCUGUGCCUGUGCAAAACCCCAAGGGGACAACGAGUAAGAUCAUGGUAUCAGUCUGGGCUUUCUUUGCUGUCAUUUUCCUGGCCAGUUACACUGCCAACUUAGCUGCCUUUAUGAUUCAAGAGGAAUUUGUUGACCAAGUGACUGGGCUGAGUGAUAAAAAGUUUCAAAGGCCACAUGAUUAUUCACCUCCUUUUCGGUUUGGAACGGUCCCAAAUGGAAGCACUGAGAGGAACAUCCGAAACAACUACCCUGAUAUGCACCUUUACAUGACCAAGUUUAACCAGAAAGGAGUCGAAGAUGCCUUGGUCAGCUUGAAAACUGGGAAGUUGGAUGCUUUUAUCUAUGAUGCAGCAGUGCUGAAUUACAAGGCUGGAAGAGAUGAAGGCUGCAAACUUGUCACAAUAGGCAGUGGGUACAUCUUUGCCACCACUGGCUAUGGGAUUGCUCUCCAGAAAGGAUCACCUUGGAAGAGACAAAUUGAUCUCGCACUCCUUCAGUUUGUGGGAGAUGGGGAAAUGGAAGAGUUAGAAACCCUGUGGCUGACUGGUAUUUGUCACAACGAGAAGAACGAAGUCAUGAGCAGCCAGCUGGACAUCGACAACAUGGCAGGAGUGUUUUAUAUGCUUGCAGCAGCCAUGGCACUCAGCUUAAUAACCUUUGUCUGGGAGCACUUAUUUUACUGGAAACUUAGAUUCUGCUUCACUGGAGUCUGCUCAGAUAGGCCGGGAUUGCUGUUCUCAAUCAGCAGGGGUAUUUACAGUUGCAUUCAUGGAGUACACAUUGAAGAGAAAAAGAAGUCUCCUGACUUUUCUUUGACCAAUUCACAAACCAACAUGUUAAAACUGCUGCGAACAGCGAAAAACAUGACCAAUAUCAAUCCUUCAAGGAUUGACUCUCCCAAAAGAACAGCUGAUUUUAUUCAGAGGGGUUCUUUGAUUAUGGACAUGGUCAUGGAUAAGGGAAACUUGAUAUUUUCUGAUAACAGAUCCUUUCAGACAAAGGACAACUUUUUUGGUGACAACAUAGGUGAACUGCAGACACUUCCUGGCAAUCGACACAAGGACAAUCUGAACAACUAUGUUUUCCAAGGGCAGCAUCCUCUCACACUGAAUGAAUCCAAUCCAAAUACGGUAGAGGUUGCAGUAACAACAGAAGCAAAAGCGAACUCCAGACCCAGGCAGCUUUGGAGGAAAUCUGUUGAAUCUUUACGCCAAGAUUCUGUACGUCCGGGCCAAGGUUCCCAGAGAGAAAAUGGGUCAGAGGAAAACAGGCAGCUUUCAUUGAAAAGCCAAAGAUACCUUCCUGAAGAGAUUGUCCAUUCAGAUGUCUCAGAGACAUCAAGCAGAGCUACUUGCCACAUGGAAGCUGAAAACAACAACAAGCACCACAAAACCAAGGACAAUUUUAAAAAAAGGACAGUAGCAUCAAAAUACCCAAAAGACUGUAGUGAAGUGGAACUGACAUAUCUGAAAACCAAACAGGGCUCUCCACGGGAUAAAAUCUACACGAUUGACGCUGACAAGGAGCCAGGAUUCCGCUUGGACACACCUCAGUACAUUGAAAACAUUGUCCUUCCAGAACCUGUAGAGCUUCCUGAUGUUUACCAAGAUCAUAACGACAACUACAGGAAAGCCGAACACGCUAACAGGACUCCAUCACAUAAUGAAGACAGUCUUCCAAAUAAUGACCAGUUUAAACUUUAUGGAAAGCACUACACUCUCAAAGAAAAAAAUACUACCCUUGGUGACAUGAAUGAUAGGUACAGGCAGAAUUCCACGCACUGCAGGAGCUGUCUCUCCAACAUGCCCACUUACGCGGGGCACUACUCGACCAGAUCUCCCUAUAAAUGCGAUGCAUGCUUGCGGAUGGGGAACCUCUAUGAUAUUGAGGAAGAUCAGAUGCUGCAGGAUACAACGAACUUAUCACUUCCUGAAGAAAUAUAUGAGCGUACUUGGUCACAAAGUAGUGCUCUGCAAUAUCAUAAAAAGAAUAAACUGAGGAUUAGCAGGCAACACUCUUUUGAUAAUAUCGCUGAUAAGUCCAGGGAAAUUGAUAUUGGAAGACCUUCUCGUAGUAUAAGCUUGAAAGAAAGAGAGAAAUUUCUUCAAAGUAGUCCAUAUGCAAGCAUGUUUAGUGUUCCCUCAAGCAAACUGUUGAGCAACAAGGCCUCACUUUUAACUCAUGCUCUGGAGGACAGUAAGCGGAGCAAGUCCCUGUACGCUGUUCACUCGGAUGAUAACCCCUUCCUGCACUCCUAUCGUGAUGACCAGCAUUUAUCUCUUAGGCGAAGUCCAGCUGAUCUUUAUAAACAUUCAUUGCCAACAAGAGGAAGAAAUGAUAAUUAUUUAAGGUCAUCCAUACAGUCUACAGCAUCAUACUCUUCCAGGGAUGGUCGGAUCCAUAAUGACAUGUACAUUUCAGAGCAUGUUUUGCCUUAUGUUGCAAAUAGGAAUAGCUUGUACUCAACUCCAAGGGUUUUAAAUUCCUGUAGCAAUACACGUGUGUAUAAGAAAAGGCCUAGCAUUGAAUCAGAUGUUUAAAUUUUCCAUGAACACUUUAUCUAUAGGGAAAGAAUAGUUGCCACCAUCUUAGAGGGAGAAUUUUUCCUUUAACAGUAUCCUGCUCUGGUAAAUGAUACGUAAACCUCUCCCUUUCCCAAUGUACUUUUGUACACGAAUAGGUAAACUGGUAUGCUCUGAUCUAUCCUUUUAAAAUAUGUCUUGUUAAAAAGGAUAAAAAAUAGCCAUUUAUGUGUGCUUUAUAUAUAAAUGGCAAAUUGUACUGAAAUAGCCCCAAUAUAUGUUGGCAACUAUGCUGUUUUGUACCUAAUUAUUUUACUAUUUCGGUUAUUCUAAUUUAUGUUGCUAAGUAUCAUUCAAUGUACUUUUGUCCUUAGAAAUGUUUAAUGAUUUUCUAGUACUGGAUAAGCAAUAUGGUAUGCAUGUAGUAUGACACAGACAACAAGAAAUAGGGAUGCAUUUGCACAGAUUCAAAAGUAAGACUCUAAAAGAGAACAGAAAGCUAAGACUUCCAAAAAUGUAUUUUAGCUUCAUAAUCAUUUUCAAAGCCAAAUAAUAAUUAAAAAAAAAAACAAACCCCACAACCUUAAUAAAUAAAUUACCAUGUGUUAGCACAAAAUUAGGAUGUUCCUUCUAGACUGACAGACAGUAGAUGGGAAGGCAGUAACCCAAACAUGUGAACUGCUGUGUACCAAAAGGAAGCCCCAUGGAUAUUGGUUAAUGUUCAUGUACAAAUGCUUUUCUUAUAUUGCACAUGCACUUACCAUUACAAAGUAGGUUCAUUGAAAAGUUUGCAGUAAUCUUGUCAGAAAUUUCACAGCUGCCUAAUCCAGAGUAUAUAUUUUUAGAUAUCACUAUAUGGCACUUACUAUGGAGCUGUGGACUUUAUUAGUAACCUUGAGGCCUAAUGUGUACGUAAGUUUGCAUUUGCCCCUUACUGGUGAUUACUCAGGGCUGUAUAGUAUUUCUUUUAUUCUUUCACUUCCCAAACCAAAUCCCACUGUAGUUCUUUGUUCAUAGUGUAUUAGUGACAACUAAUUAAUUGUAUAUUAAUAGUAUUAAAGCUGUUAAUACAGUAUCAAACACCGACAGCCAUAAGUUCAGUGUGGUCAGUGAGGAGCAUGGUACCAUUUAUUUUUUCCAUACACAGAGAAGGAUUAACACCUUUGGAAGGACUUCUUCCUUCUACAAUAUUGUGCAUAUUUAUUGAACAUCAGACCAUUUUUCUAACCUCUCCAAUCAAGUCUGUUGUAUGAAGUGAAUAUAUGCACACGUAACUAAGAAACAGUAUCUUUAUUAUCACUUACUGAUACACAAAGGUAUUCACAUAACAGGGAUGCAUUGUUAUAUGACUUUUCCUUCUAUAGAUGUCAAUCAGAUUAUUUCACAAAUAAAAUGUCUGUUACACACCCCUCCUUACCCUCACUGGAAGAAAAAACCCACUAGAUUUUAAGCAUAAGGGAGCAUAAAAGGAAGAGAGGAAGCCUUUCAGGAGAAGAGUGUACAGCAGUAAAUUUAAUUUCAACUAAAGAAGUAAAUAUAAUUACUAAUAAAUUUAACUAUUGAAAGUGUUCCAGAAGUGGUGCUCUCCCAUUUUCCCGCUACUCUGAGAAUUUGGGAUUUUUAUGGAGAGGAAAUUUAGAUUAUUCAAGUGUUAAUCCCUUCGUUUCACUGAAGAACAGUAAGCAGGGAAACCAUUACCACUGUGAAUUGGAAAAUGUGAAUAUUAUCCUAACUUUUCUCUAAAGUGAAACUCUAUUCAGCAGAAUCGUGCCUGUCAGCUGUAAUUGAACCAUCUGCAUGCCAGAGGUGCAGUAUGCAAGGUGUUUAAUUUAGAACAGCAUACUGCAGAGCAGAGUUGCAAAUGGGAGAUAAUAUAAAUGAUGUGUAGGGAUAGUCAAAAUAAAGCUUCUUGAA